AUGAGUGAAAACGGUGAUGGCGACUCAGUGGGAGCAGGGGAACGUAUAUAUCUACACAUCUACGACUACGAAACCAAGGAAUUCUCUGGCCUCACCACCUAUCAUGGACUCGUUCGUAUAUAUAACUCAAACACGUGGCCAUCUCGGAUAUUCUGGUGUGUCGUGGUCCUAUCUUGUCUCUCCUUAUUCAUGAUUCAUAGUGGCUACCUCUUGCUUGGAUACCAUUCAAAGCCCACUUUGUUCCAAAUUAACACGAUCGUGGCAUCGGACGGCAUUUUGUUCCCGGAUAUCACUAUUUGUAAUCAUAAUAUGGUGAAAAUGGCUCAGUUAUCAGGAUACGAUAUGAGCGAAAACAUCCUCUCCUAUAUAAUGACAUCUUUCAAUGAUCAUGUUGAAAGCGAUGGGCUUGACGAGAAUCAACUUGCUUUUGAGGAAUACCAAGUCAACUACAAAUUGCGAACUGGACAAAAUUUUUCCACUGUGAACUUCUUCUACGACGUCAGACCAGCGUGUGAGGACAUGGUGUUGAGCUGCUCGUUUGCUGGCGAAAUCAUCGAAGACUGCUGUGCCGGUAGCAAAGUCGUGAUCACAGAUAUCGGCUUUUGUAUUAGGUUCCCCAAUUCAGUUUUGAAGAAGAAGCAGUAUCUAAGUGGUAGGAACUACGGUUGGCAGAUUAUACUGGACAGCAGCAGUGUUUUCCAGCCAGAGUCUGCUGACACGGGAUUCCAUGUAGUGGUUCACGAACCUGAUAAAGAAGUCUCUUUAACAUCUUACGGUGUGUCGGUGCCUCCCGGAGCUGCUCUCCAUGCUGGCAUUUCUUACAAAAAUGUAUCCCAUUUGCCCAGAUCAGAUUGGGGAUUGUGUCAACGUGGUUGGAAUCCAGAGAUUCACGGUUCGCUGCUUACUGAACUCCAGUACACUGCUUCUCAUUGCGAAUGGAAUUGUCUAGCACUGGAAUGGCAAUUUACAUGUGGAUGCCGGCCAAUGAAAUUACUUUCUUUGAAUAUUUCUUCGGAUAUCCCUAUAUGUACUCCUUACGAUAUCCACAGAUGUGCUGACAUCGUUUAUGAAAAUGCAAGCAAAUGCAAUUGCGAUAUCGAAUGUGAUCUGAUUGAUUAUGAGAUGCAAAUCAGCUAUUCCGACAUAGGCAGCGGCUUGAUCCAACGGAAAUUCCCUUUCACAGAGCAGUACAUCCAAGAAAAUAUUUCCGUCAUAAAUCUCUUCAUGCAAAGCAUAGCGUACGAGCGACAUGAGCAGCAAAAGCAACUGCAGACUGCUGACUUACUAUCGAACAUCGCUGGAAGUAUGGGAUUGUUUCUUGGUAUGAGUACAGUAACAUUGCUCGAGAUCUUCAUCUACCUAUUCAAAUCCGUUUGGGGUACGGUGAAUACCGAACGUCAGAAGCAGUUCAUGGAAGCGAUGAUGGAAGAGGAAAACGAACGUCGACAGAGUCUCGUCAUUGUCGAAGAAUCACCUCGAAAGCUUUCGGUGGUCGAGGAGUUAGCUGACGUCAACGCAUCGCAUACUCGUAAACGAAAUUCUAGGCGAGUUUCCAUUGCACCGCUACAUAUUCACAUGGACAAGAGGGGAAGCACCACAGUGAGUUCCAGCUAA